CACGCACUACUUACCUUAAUCCAUUACCACCACCGGCUCUUAAUUCCUAAUGCCCUAUCAAUCUCUACCCACAAUCGAUGAGAAGAAUCCUCUCUAUUGCCCUGCUAUCACCGCUUCCUCAUAUAUCAGCUCUCUCCGGCGUCAAUCCCGACGCAAAUACUCCCGUUCUUCUCUACGUUCCCGGUCGCAAAAUGAGCAAUAUGUGCACUCCUUCUCCCGCAUCCUUGACAGAGCGCUCAAGGACGAAGAAUUUGAAUCGCGCUCUGCAUUCCCACCUGCAAACUCGGAUGAUGCAUCUACGCUGACUUCAUCAAUUGUCCUCCGCGAGAACCUAUCUUUCGAACAUCGCAGCAGUACCACGAUAGUCAAGACGACAAUGAAGACCACGUCCUCUAAUCUGCGGUCCAAUGCCUCUCUCAAAAGAAAACGCGCCGACUCGGAAUCUACUACGUUUAGUGACUUGCGUGGACCUGCUCUGUAUCAGCCCUCCGUUCAAUCAUCGCAUGAUCGCUCGUUCGAUGUCAGCGUCAAGCGAGAAAGACUAGACUAUUUUUCUCCCAAGCCGCAACCGUCUCCUCUUAUUUUGCGGCCCAGAAACAUGAAUACCGCUCCGAACCAGAAUACCAAGCCUGCACUCGUCGACGAUUUCAAGACAAAGAUUCGGUCUCUGGAAGACGAGCUGUAUGGACCGCCCAUAGGAACCGAAUCACCCCGCGGCCUAAUGCCAUUCAUUAAGAGUCUGGACGAGAUGAUGCCUGGGAUUCGUCUGCAAGAACGUCUUCUCAGGCUUCCCAAUCUGAGUCAUCAAGCGGUAACUGACUUUUUGGCUGACAACGGGUUGUUGAACGUUCGUGUUCUUUCUGUGCUUCGAACUUCGGAAAUCUGGCGACUGGUGCUCUCUGAGUCGAUGAAUGAUGAGGAUGGGCUGAAUCUCGCGGGCAGGGACAUUCUGCCUAUCUUCAGCAAACCCAACAGCUUCUUAUUCCUCUCCGAGCUCUGUCUCAGUGGAACACGUGUUCAUGAAUCCGACCUGUUGCACGUCCAUCAUCUGCCUCGCCUUGUUACUUUGCUCCUGAACAACACUGGAAUUGGCAACGAAGCCAUAUACCUUCUUGUUUCCCUCAAGCGCACUCUUCUCCAACUCUCGAUCGCAACCAACCCACACAUCGACGACGACGCUAUUCCCGCUCUGCUCUUGUUUUCGAAGCUUUCUUUUCUCACCAUUCUCGACACAAGCAUCCACAUGGCAGGUCUUCGCCGCCUCGCCCGAGUCAUUUACGACGAGCGACGCAUCAUCGACAUCGAGAUCCCAUCUGCGUGUGAGAACUACAUCGAUCACUUAUCAUCAAGAUAUCUUCUAAAUCCUACUCCUCCGCUUAUUUCGAGUCCAGAGCUGGUACCUGAGCUUUCUGCCGCUGCUCUCAAGCGCAAUCUCACUGCCCAUUCCGACUGCAACUCGUCCAUUGUCGCGACAGGCACCAAACAGGAAAUGGCUGACAGAUUGCGAGGUAUUUUGGAGAUGCGCGGCCAAGAUCUGCUCAACCAUGAUUCAUUUGUCAAAAGCCGUCUCGUCGAUGACAUCGCGCACAAAGUUGUUGCUGUAGGCUCACGCUCCGUCGAGUCUGCACAGAAGUUCGUGACCGCGAAUGCCGCUGGCGAUACCAACAUCAAGACGUACGGGACCUACGAGGAAGUGUACUCAGACCAGCCAGCCUUCAAUCCUGAUAAGGACGUCGACGUCGUUUACAUCGGAACCCCGCACACCUUCCACUACACGAAUGCCCUAGACGCGAUUCGGGCCAAGAAACACGUUCUGUGCGAGAAGCCGGUCACUACUAAUGCGGCUGAGCUGCGCUCGCUGCUUGCCGCCGCGAAAGAGCACGGUGUGUUCUUCAUGGAGGCUAUGUGGACCAGAUUCCAGCCACUGCCGCGUGCCGUGCUGGAGUUGCUACAUUCGGGAGAACUGGGGCAGCCUAUUGUCGUGCAUGCAGAUCUGUCCGUCAACUUCGAUAUCCAGAACAUCCCCAAGACUCAUCGGAUCCUUGAUCCUGCACUUGGAGGUGGCGCUUUGCUCGAUCUGACCAUACCCGCUUGUUUGGGCCAGUGGAUUCCAGUUUUAAAACGAGACCCCACGACUGACAAGUCACAACAGGCCAUCAUGACACUGUACGAAUCGCCACUCAACUCGCUGGCCCUGCCUUCUCCCGUCAGCGGUAACAUGGUCAAGACACCGCUGACCGGCGUAGAUGCCAAUACCUCCUUCUCGCUCGCCUUUCCGUCUCUCGGAUCCGGUGCGCAAGCCAUUCUCAGCUGCAGCCUAAACGCAGAGACGGUCACUCCCGGGGUGACCAUCCGCUGUGAGAAAGGUGUCAUCCGGAUUGCGCCGCCGAUCUACCUCAGUAAAUCGUUUUCGGUGCAAUACCUCGGGGAGGGAGGGAAGAUCCUUCGCGAAGAAGACAAGUCGUUCGAGUACGUUGGCCAUGGAAUGCAUUGGGAGGCAGACGAGGUCGCCAGAUGCAUCCGAGACGGGAAGAUGGAGAGUGCUCUGUGGGGUUUCGACAAGAGCUUGUUGGAGAUGCAAGUGUUUGAUGAGGUGCGCAAGCAAGGUGGAUAUGUGCUGCCCCCUGGUGUCGAGAAGGUGCAAUAGAUCAAUCCCGUCGGAUACAUACAAUGUACAUGUAUUACAAGUUACGAGGUCGGGGCUCACUUGUCAUCUUGGGCUCCG